AUGACCCAUCCUCGCGAACGACCGCUCGCCCCGACCUUCCAGCGCUCGACCUCCGUGUCGACGUCCCAACUCCCCAAGCGACACAAUGUCUCCAGGGCGUGUGUCAGAUGUCAGCAGAAGAAGACUAAAUGUUUCGGCGGCAUCCCUUGCCAGCGGUGUCUCGAGACCAAGUCGCCCUGCGUGGUCGACGAAACCAGCGACGAAAGGCGGAAGAUUAUGGUGAAACGUCGCAUCGAGAUGCUGGAGAAGGAUCAACAGCUGCUCUUUCAACUGGUGGACUCUCUUCGCGAUGAGGACCGGCGUCAAGUCUCCGACACGAUGAACCUCAUCCGCAGCGACGCCUCGAUUGACGAGAUUCGAUCGUUCGUGAUCAGCCCAACACAGCCUGACAGCUCGACCGAAAGCUCCUCGCCUUCCGACAAGCACGAUGCUGACGUCCUGCCCGCACCUCUUCCUAGUCCCCGCGCUCGUCGCACGAUGUUGAAUAUCCAGCGAUUAACAGAUAACCCUCUCUACCGUGUCCCAGCCCACCCCUGGACGUCCGUGACCUAUGAUAACGACUUUGUGUCGCAUCUGGUUUCGCUUUAUUUUUCCUGGGAGCACCAAGCUCUUAGUUGGAUUGAUCGCGACGUGUUUCUAGAUGCCAUGAAAUCAGGGAACCUAGAGUCGGAAUUCUGCUCUCCGUUCCUCGUCAAUGCUAUUCUUGCUGUUGCCUGCUGGUUCUCUGACUGGCCCGAGGCGAUGGCAACGUAUGGCGAUCCCACGUCCAAGGGUCUGCACUUUUAUGACGAGGCCAGGCAUCUCCUCGGCCAGCAGGAAGGUAAAGUCAGCCUGACGAACGCCCAAGGUCUCGGCGCUUUGUACACAAGCUCGUGUAUGAUGGGCAAAGAUAGGCUCGGCUGGAAAUAUCUGGUGGAGGUGGGUGACAGCACUCGCCAGAUCCUCGCCCGAAGGCCCCAUUUUAUAGCGAAAGCAGAGCACCGGGAGGAAUCUGUACGAGUGUUCAAUACCACAGUUCUCGGUUUGUUUAACCUUAUCUCAACCGCUACCAUGAUGCUCCAGCAGCCGGCAGUCAUGGACAAGCCCCAGCUGAAACCUUCGCCUGGCGAUCACAGUCAGAACGCUGCAUGGGUGCCUUAUCCUCUGCCAGGUGAUCCUCCAGUCCCAGAGCAUGUACGUUGUGUGAUGCCAGCGUUGGUGGACCUUCAAUUGAUCAUAUCCGAUAUCGCCACCUUUUUCUACGGAGAUCAUCUAUCGCCUCUCUAUCGCGAUGUCGAAGCUAUGGUCGAUUCUUUCUACCGAAAUCUCAAGCAAUGGUCUCUCCACAUCCCGGAAUGCGUCAGUCUCGGAAACGAGAGUACACCCGCGGCGAUGGACAUGCAUAUGAAGUACCACGCAGCCAUCGCGACGAUAUUUGGAUUUAUCAAACCCCCACCAGACCCUAAUGAACAGGUGGUAUCGAUUGACAAUGCACAGUAUCUCCGGCAUUCCGCGGCACGACACAUCCGUGAUCUUCUCAAUUCGCACCGCUUCCGAUGGACGACAAACUGGAUGCCGAUGAAUUACGCACAAUACGCCACUGUUGCCUUGUUCAGUCUCCUAGAGGGCCUAGAUGACGACGAGAAUGCCGAAGCGUUCAUAGACCUGUGUAUCAUUCUUUGCGCCCUCUCCCGGCGAUGGCUUCUGGCCAAGGGAAUGCUACGUCUCAUUCAACUUACUGCUCGACUAAAAGGAAUUGUGCUCCCUUCCCCAACGCGCAGUCUAUUUCUCGAAUUUGGAUCGCGGUCAUGGAAGCAGCGUGAUAGAAAGCGGUUCAGUAGCUUAUAUCCCAACUUCGCGGUCACUGUUCAGGGAGAGAAAGAUCUCGGAGACGCGGAGCUGGACAAUUUCCUUGCCAAGUGGGAUGACCUGGAUCUAACAAGUGAUACGGAGGAAGAGGCUGAUGAUGAAGCAUAG